UAUAAAAGAGGGGGCCAUCAACGAUAGUGACAUUACUUGAAGCCGUCAGCAAACGGCAGCAACAUCACCAUCGUCCACCGUCGGAAUCGCAGGAAUAUAUCCCAACGGAAUGAAACCCAUGCUGAUCCUGUUGGCCCUGGCAGGCCUUGCUGCUGUCUGUGUCCGGGCGGAUGUGUCCCAUCUGUUUGGGGGCGGUGGCCACGGGCACCAUCACGAGCACGACCAUCACGAUCAUCACGAUCAUCAUGACCAUCAUGAUCAUCACGAUUAUCACUACGAUGCCCAUGCCCACUCCUCGCACGCCAGUCACCAAGAUGGCCACCACGAUCUGCACAUAGAUCUGCACUACCAGCCAGAGCCCCACCACCACCACCAUCAUGUGGAGCAGGAGCCCAAGUUCAACAUUCCCAGCGGCUACAGCUAUGGAGGACCACCGCCGGCUCCGAAGAGCAGCUACCUGCCGCCAGCGGAGAAGCCCCGCCAGAAGUAUCUGCCACCUAAGGCGUCGCUGCCGCCACCACCACCGCCGCCAGCCCCCAAGACCAGCUACUUGCCCCCUUCCAAGCCGGAAGUGAAGUAUCUGCCCCCUGCACCUGCACCCGCGCCUGCACCCAAGUACCUGCCUCCUGCACCCGCGCCUGCUCCAAAGUACCUGCCUCCUGCACCUGCACCCGCACCCAAGUACCUGCCUCCUGCACCUGCACCUGCACCCGCACCCAAGUAUCUGCCCCCUAAGGUCGCCCCCAGCCUGCCGCCACCACCUCCGCCACCAGCCGUUGCACCGAAGCCCAGCUACUUGCCUCCUGCCAAGCCGGAGAAGAGCUAUCUGCCACCAGCACCACCGGCCAGCAAGUACCUGCCCGCAGAGGAGCCCGCGGCCAGAUAUCUGCCUCCCAAGGUGGCUCCCAGUCUGCCGCCGCCACCACCGCCCCCGGCAGUGGCGCCCAAGGCCAGCUACCUGCCACCCGCCCCCCGGCCAGAGUCGAGCUACCUGCCGCCCAGUGCGGAGCAUCACCACCACCAGCACCAGCAUCAGCCAGAGAUCGACUUCCACAUCCCCAUACCAUCGUACGCCCUGCCCCUGCAGUCGGAGAACCACGUCCACGUCCCCGAGCAGGGCUACCAGUACAAGCCGCCACUGCGUCGCUUCAGGCAAUAGGCCGCCACACCCCCCAUCGAACACACACCCCCCUCCGAUACACCCAACCUCAUAAAUACUGC